CCAGAGAAGUAGGGAUAUUUGUCUGCGAAGCAGGGGGAUUUUUCACACUUAAAAUCCUCGUUAGUUUUCCCGCGAAACGCGGUUUAGUGUUUAGUUCCAUGAUGCUGCCUUGCUGUUAAAACAGGUGUGUUAUGUUUCAUCUAAAAUAGAAGAAUCUUACCUCGCUUUAUUCUCGUAGUAUUUCAUACUGAAGAAUUUCGAUAAGCUAUUCUUUUUAACGUGGAAGUCAUGAUAACUUCGCGUUGGUGUUCGUGAUAUUUUAAAAGAUUAAAUUAGGACUUUAAAAGUUGAAAACUACUUAAUUAUAUCAUGGUGAUCAUUUUGUACAUGAUGGAAAUCAGUCCCCCUUGUCGGGCUGUUCUGAUGACUAUCAAAUAUUUAGGGCUUCAAGCCGAACUAAGGGAAGAAAACCUCAUCAUUGGGAACUCGAAUAGACAUCCAGAAUUUUUAAAGAUCAAUCCAAGGUCCUGCGUUCCAACGAUAGAUGAUGACGGUUUCUAUCUUUGGGAAAGCCGUGCCAUAAUGACGUACUUAGUGAAUAAGUAUGCUCCAUGCAGCCCCAUCUAUCCAAAAGACCCCAAAAAGCGUGCUCUUGUCGACAUGAUGCUCAAUUUCGACCAAGGGACGUUGUACAGAUCACAAGUCGAGUACUUAUAUCCUCUCAUAUUCCGUGGCGAGCCUCCAGAUUUAUCGAAAGAAACAAGCUACAGGAAUUCCCUGUGCAUGUUAGAGCAGUCUUUGCAACUGAAUGCUUACGUUGCUGGAAAGCGUCUUACUUUGGCCGACUUUUCGAUAGUGGCCAGUAUAUCAUUGGCUGAGAUUUACGACUACAACUUCAAGCCUUUUCCAAGAAUAGUCGAAUGGUUGAAGCGGUUGAAGACGGAACUGCCCUUCUACAGGGAAAUCAACGAAGUUCCACUGUUUCAGUUCAAAUUUUGGUACAGGCCGUAUUCAGACAGCGACGAAGACAUGAGACACUUCGACAUCAAUUUGGAUACAACAAGAUUGUAGUUCGACUUCAAGAGAAAUUAUUUUUGAUUUUCAGCUCAUAUAUUUUUUUAAAGCACAGUUUAUAUUUUGAAAUGUCCUGUUUAUGCAAUUGUUUGCCUUUUAGAAUUCUUGAUUUUUUUUUAUACCCCCCCCCCCCCCUUCAUAUGUUCUAAAACUUGCUUCAGACGAAGAGUAACAACGAUAAAAAUUCCUCCACUCAGGUUCAGGGGUCUUCUUUGCUUGUAAAUUACUUUUUUGCUGCAUCUUCUCAUGCAGUGCGGAGGUAAAACGAGUGAGCAGAAGAAUUUUUGUUGUUGCUUCUGGUCUGAAACCAAAUAGGUAUGAAUACAAAUAGAAGGUUACCGACUCGUUUAUUUAUAGUGCAUUCAAAACAUUAGUAUAAAAGACGAAAAAUUAAAUUAAAAAAUUGUCGAGUACAGAUAUUCAGGGUGACUAAGUCAUGCCGUUUAACUUUCCGCAACUUCAAUUUUUUUUUAUAAGGAAGUUCAAAAUGAAGUUAAAAGGCUCAGCGCUGCACUCUCCUGGCUAGUUUAUACAACAAUUUUCUUCUCUUUAUUUUUACAACAAAAACGAACUGAAAAACGAGCUCACAUGACUUCCUUUUACGCCAAUUUAAUUAUAAUAGUAGUGCCUUGGAGUAAGCAAAGAAACACUUUAAAUAUUUUUGCCCCAAGUUUGCUGCGAACUGAAGCAAAAAAACGUUUUAUACAGGUUAAUUUUCCCAAUAUUGGACAUUUUAAUGUGAUUCAAUAGUUAACUCUCUAAAUAUCGCCAAUAAUGGCCAAAAUGAAACCAAAUUAAAAAAUAAAACGCCAAGUUUGUCGACAAGUUGGCAAAAAAUUUGGCAACCAAAAGCUUGGCGCUAUGUCGCCAAGUUUUUGCCAAAUUAUAACACCACUUGCAUUUUGCAUUGAUAUUAACAAUGAUUUCUCCCCAAAAAGGUAUAAAAGACCCCCUUAGGAACAUCUGAAUGCAACCAAAAGGGGAGGUGCACAACUAGAUCCCACUAGGAGUCUACGCACCAAAUUUCAACUUCCUAGGGCAUACCGUUUUUGAGUUAUGCGAGAUACAUACGCACAUACAUACAGACGUCACGAGAAAACUCGUUGUAAUUAAUUCGCGGAUUGUCAAAAUGGAUAUUUCAGGUGUUUAUACGUUCUUAAGUACAUAUCCACGUGUGGUCGGGUUGAAAAAAAAAACAACUCAACAUUCAUUCGAGGGCAAGAAAAGGAAAUUAAGGCCGAAUUUUGGGUCAAAAAUUUUUCCGAAUACAAUACUUCCUUUACUUCGUAAAAGGAGGUAAAAAAAGGGGGAGGGGGCACGGCAAUCGUUAAUUACUAAAACUGCAUCUAAAUAAUUGCUAUUUGGAAGCUAUUUUUUAAAUUGCCACAAUAGGUCUUCCUCAUGGGGCAUGCACAGAAAUUUUGGGGCCCGUCACAGAUGACUUUUGCGCCCCCCCCCCCCCCCCAUUGUUUAACCCUACGUCUCUACAUAUUUCACCUCUCAUUUCAAAAAUCUUGGGUCCCUCCAGACUCGUCGGGCUGGGUUCAACAGGUGUCCUUUCUCUCCCCCCCCCCCCUGCACGUCCCUGGUCUUCCUGCGUUGAAAUAUUCUUCGCCAUAUUGUAAACGAUAGAGUUCCUGGCAAUGUUAUGAAGUACAAAGGGGAAGUUUUUAAGCAUUCAGAAAUCUUAUUUUGCUGCAUUAAAGUAGUAAUUACAUUUAUUUACAUGAUUUAUUCUGCAUUCCGUUUACUGCGUGGUUCAAAGUUAAAUUAAGUAGCAAGGUAGCUUCCAAUCUAGGCGAAUAAUUCAUUUGGAAUGGAAUUAAUAAUCAUUUCUAAAUCUUGGAUAACCAUAUCAUACUUAAAGAGUUUUCCUUCCGUUUUAUAUCAACUACUAGUGGUUGAAAAUUAAAAGGUCAUUCGAUUCGCCUGUUUAUUUACAAAUAAUGGAUGACGAAUUUUUCGCCAAUUGGCUAUGUUCAUUCACUCUCCCAUUCCACGUCAUGCUAAUUUCGUAAUUUACUCGUCCAUCUUAUGAUAACUUUGCUCCGGAAAAUGUUCUUAAAAUUGAAAUAGAAAAGGAACAAAAUCGAAUUUUCGAAAAAUCACUUCGAGGUGCACACCCCCAUGCUACAAACUAACUUUGAGCCAAAUUUCAUGAAAAUCGGCCGAACGGUCUAGGCGUAUGCGCGUCACAGAGAUCCAGACAUCCUCCAGACAGAGAGACUUUGAGCUUUAUUAUUAGUAAAGAUAAAGAUUACAGUAAAAAUACUAAAAUAUGAGUGAGACCGUUUAAAACAGAAAUGUUGUUGCGCAAAGUUACCCUGAACCACUGGAACCGUUCAAUAGAAUCACGUGAUUAGAAGAAAAAGCGAGGGCGCCCAUAUAGGGAGGGGGGCUCAAGUCCUCCCCCCUUUGAAAUUAGAACUUUCUUGCUCUUAGUAUUUUUUACUUUGCAAAAAUACAAAAACAUUUCUUCUCCAGCAAUUAAUGAAUAAGUUAUUAAAAAUGUCAAAUUUUAAUAACUAAUCGGUUCUGAAAUCGGUUUCUACGGGGGAAAAUUUGACCCUCCCCCCUUAAAUUUUUGCAUAUGGGCGCCCUUGAGAGUAAGAGUACAACUUCGAAACAUGUAACUUUGUUUUUAAAAAAUACGUAUACUAAAAGGUUUCUUCAUUUUUAUUGCUUUUUGCCUUAAUUUUGUAUUUCUUUGUUCAUUGUUUUGUUUUUGAUUGUCAUUUUCGUUCAUAGUCAUGUAUGUUUUUUAUGUUCGUUAUACAUAUUCAGUAACGCACUCACCUCAUUGGUUAAAGCAGUGUUUACUGCAAUGUUGUCCAACCAUUUUUAUUAUCCCAAGGAUACACCUCAUAAGUAUUAUUAUA